GCCGCUGUGAGGAGUGUGUCGUGCCGAUGUCAGGGAACGUUUUGUCGCGCAUUCUCGUUCCCUUCGGAGUCGCGUCGCGACGGGUGUUACGUUUGUGCUUCUAAUACGCUUCAUUACGCUCUAAUACGUUCUUAAACGGCGCCCUUUGUCAUCGUCGCCGUUUAUCUCGCCGCGAUAUUCCACCAUGGAGACUCGCAAUUUUCGUGCGUUACGGUGAAAUAGCGCCACGGGCGCUAUCGCGCGACCAACUUCAGGGUGUACGAAAUUCACAGUGAAACGCGGGCGUCUUUCCCGCGCGUCGCGAAAUCUCAAUUGCGCGAUAUCGCGAAGUGGUGCGUUAACUUGAUUCGCCCCCGGGGAUCUGAUUCGUUCCUGGAAUCCGUUCGAGGAAAUCCUCCGAGACGAAGGACCGAUAGAGGAGAAAACGGAGUAACGCAACCGGAGCCGGAGAUUGCAGCCGUCGGCAGGACGUGCCUCGGCUAAGUUCGCGCAGCCAGUAUCUGUGUCAGGAUCGCUUGGCGGGUCUCCGAAUUUCAGGAAAUUUCGACAGGAUAUAACGAGGCCGGACCUCGAUCAGUGUGUUUCGUGCGACGGUGACAGUGACAGUUUGGUUCUGUUUCGGUUUUUCAUUUUUGUGCGAUGUGCUACCGUCCCACCGUUCUCCGAAUCUUCUGUCUCGCGUAGUCGGAGCUCGGAACCUCACGAUGGAGUGCCGCAAGGGUCGACGGAAAGGAACGCCGAUCCACGUCGGGCUGCUGCUUGCGUGGCUCUUGACCAACGGCUGCGCCGUCGUCGCGCGAAAUAUAGAGAGGUACGACACCGCAUACGCUUGCGAGGGCAAAACGCUGGAGAUCGAGUGCGGCGAGGGAAAGCUGAUCCACCUGAUACGGGCGAACUACGGCAGGUUCUCCAUCACGAUAUGCAACGAGCAUGGGAACACGGAAUGGAGCGUCAACUGCAUGUCGCCGAAAUCGUUCCGCGUGCUGAACAACGAGUGCAAUCAUCGUAAUUCCUGCUCGGUGGACGUGCGCAGCGACGUUUUUGAGGAGGAUCCUUGUCCAGGGACCGGAAAAUACAUCGAGGCUCACUACCAGUGUUUAGCAGCCACCACUACGACAACGUCCCGGCCGAGUCCGCCGUGGUUCAUAACUUCGCAGCCGAACGUCUGGAGCACCGCUAAGCCGACCAUCAGGCCUCCCUCGAGGAUUACGGUACCAACGCAGCAGCCGCCACAGCCGCCGGCGCCGUCCACUCCGGCGAUGCCGAUAACAACGCCGGCGAGUCCUUCGACAACAUCCUCCAUCGAGGACGAAGAAGAGGACUCGAUACCUCCAAAUGGCCCGGCAAUGACGCCGAUUAUUCCCGAGACCACUCAAGCUCCGACAACGUCCACCUUCGCUCCCUGGAGAACCAGUCGAAGGACCACCAUACCUAGCACGCUGUAUCCGGAGUCCAGCUCCAACGGCCAGUGGUACGAUUACGGUAGACAGGUGUGUCCCCCAGUGGUAGCCAGAAACUUGUCCUGGAACACGACCAGGGCCGGCGAUGUAGCCGUGCAGAGCUGUCCCGGCGGUGCCAACGGUCUGGCUAGAUGGCGAUGUCUCGCUCGCGGAGACUCUGCCGUCUGGCACCGCGAUAGUCCGGACUUGAGCGAGUGCCGGUCCGUCUGGCUGACCACGUUGGAGAACCGCGUGACGGAAGGCGACGUGAUUCUCGGCAUCAGCAGGGAGCUCUCGCAGGUGACCAACAACAGCCGCGGUUUAUACGGCGGCGACAUGAUGAUCACCACGAAGAUAAUCAAAAACAUGGCCGAGAAGAUGGCGCUAGACAUCAAGACUUACCAAGAUUUGAAUCAGAGGGAGGUCAGCGUCACGGAGCUGCUGCAGGGUGUGGUGAGGACCGGUAGCAAUCUACUCGACAAGACACAAAUGGCGUCCUGGAAAGAUCUCAGUCAUCAGGAACAGAUGAGGGUCGCCACGUCGCUGUUGAUCGGUCUCGAGGAGAACGCCUUCUUGUUGGCCGACACGCUCAUGCACGAGAAGACCAUCAUACACGAGAACAAAAACAUACUGAUGGAAGUUCGCGUACUGGACGCGCGUAACAUCAACAAGGAGCUGGAAGUUUUCCCCAGCGAGGCCUCCCAGCAAAAGUGGCCCGUCUCGAACGAUCGCGUGGAACUUACCAAGGGUGCUUUGGUGGAUAGCAACGAGGGUGGCGUCGUGCGGCUGGUCUUCAUGGCAUUUGACAGACUCGAGGAGAUACUGCAGCCGCAAGCCGAGCCGCCGUCCGUCGUCGUGAACGACGAUCCCCAGCUCGUGUCGCGGAGGAACACCACUCGUAUUCUCAACAGCAAAGUUAUCUCGGCGUCCUUGGGAAAGGGCCGGCACAUACAGCUUUCGGAACCCGUCCGGGUAUGUUUCAGGCAUCUGGUAGUUGAAAAUGUCACCAACCCCACUUGCGUCUUCUGGGAUUACAUCUUGAGCGCGUGGUCGGACGAGGGAUGCCAGAUACAAAAGACCAACGAGACUCACACCAUAUGCGAAUGCAAUCACUUGACGAACUUUGCCGUGCUGAUGGACGUGCACGCCGUCAGGCUGGACAUUGCUCAUCAAGUCGCUCUGCAGAUCAUCACGUAUAUAGGCUGCAUCAUUUCCGUCGUCUGUCUCGUUUUAGCCAUUCUCACGUUUCAAUUAUUUCGCGGACUGAAGUCGGAUAGGACGACGAUCCACAAGAAUCUCUGCGUGUGCCUACUGAUAGCCGAGAUACUCUUUGUUUGCGGGAUCGGCCAGACGGAUCAGAGGAUCUUCUGCGGCAUCGUGGCCGGCUUAUUGCACUUUUUCUUCUUGUGCGCGUUUGCUUGGAUGUUCCUCGAAGGAUUCCAAUUAUAUGUGAUGCUGAUCGAGGUCUUCGAGGCGGAAAAAUCUCGACUUCGAUGGUAUUAUCUGGUCGCAUAUGGCGCGCCGCUGCUGGUCGUAGCAAUUUCGUGCAUAAUUGAUCCACUCAGCUACGGUACCGAUCGGUAUUGCUGGCUGCGUGCAGAUAAUUAUUUCAUCUUCAGCUUUGUUGGACCUGUGAUACUCGUUAUAUUGGCGAAUCUGGUAUUUCUAUCCAUGGCAAUCUACAUGAUGUGUCGGCACGCGAACACCACCGUGGCCAUGAAGAGUAAAGAGCAUUCCCGACUGGCUAGCGCAAGUGGAAAGGAAGAGAAUGCUCUUCCCAACAAAUUGCAAGCGCACUUGGCCUGGCUGCGGGGCGCUAUCGUGCUAGUGUUUCUACUAGGUCUGACCUGGACGUUCGGGCUCCUCUACUUAAACCAAGAGUCCGUUGUGAUGGCGUAUAUCUUCACCGUAUUGAACAGUCUCCAGGGGCUGUUUAUCUUUGUGUUCCAUUGCGUACAGAACGAGAAGGUGAGGAAGGAGUACAGGAAGUUCGUGCGUCGCCAUUCCUGGCUGCCGAAAUGUCUGAGGUGCUCGAAGACAGUGACAGGCGGCUCGGCCGGCUCCACCGGUGGCAGCGGCGGCCCCGGCGGUGCAAACGGUGGCAAGGACUUCGCCUCGCACAACACCUCGUCGAAUCCGUCAGCCCCUACCACCGACAGCUCCGGACUGUCACCCCAUGCGGCCACCAAUUACUUGGUAUCCGGUCGAAGCUGGGCGAUAGUCGAUAGGCAGCCGGCAGUACCGGUGCCAGAUGAAUCCGCCUCGACCGAGGCUCACAUCGUGGCCACCCUGCCGUACGCACGUCACGCCUUCUUACCCUCAGCUCCCAAUAUCCCCAAAUCUGCCACCGCCACUUGGGGCCACCUUAACAAAAACCUCAUGUGGAAGAACAUUUCUUUUAAGUCCUACUCCCGCGACUCCGGACACGGCGGCUCCGAACAGGAGGACUCCCCGCGGACGCACAACACCCUGACGCUCGGCCACUCCGGGAGGAGACGCGGGCCAAACGACGGCGGCGAGAUGAACGCCGGUACCAGGACGACCGGCGGCGGUAGACGCGCCGCGAUGCCGUACAAUCACACAUACACCGAGAUCGUGGACGGUCGUGGGAACGGCGGCCCCGGCCACCAUCAGCUGCACGGUCACCACGGCCAGCACGUGCACCUACCGCGCGGCCUCAUCAACGAGGACGACCCGGUGUACGAGGAGAUCGAGCGUAGCGGCGUCGGCGUCGGCGGCGGCGUCGGCGUCGGCGUCGUCGGCGGCAACGGCAACGGCGGCGUCGUCGGCGCCGGCGAGAUCCAGGUCUCGGACAUGUCCGACGAGGACGGCCGACGACAGAGCGACAUGAGUAGACAGUCCUCGAGGAGCUACGGCGAUCAUCGACCGCUGAUCCCGUACUCACCCGCCGCCGAUCGCAAUCUGGGCCAUUACGGCCAGGCGAUGACGGAGCGUGUCGGCAGCGCCGGCGGCAAUCUCGGGCAUUACGACUCGACGGAAUACGGGCCGACGGUGGAGCGUACUCUGAACGCCUGCUGGGAGAAGCUGCGCCGACAGCAGACCAGGUACGAACUCGGGGACCUGCCGCGGCUACCGGCGGCGUACGGGAUGCCGCCGCAGCAAGACCACACGCGGACGGUGGCCGUGUUGGACGGUCACACCGUCGUCUGCCAUCUGCAACCGCAGACGGACAUGUACACGGGCCGCGGUAUGCCGCCGCCGUCCUACAGCGAGUGUUAGGUCCUGUGGACCCAGGCUGGAGAAAGGACUCUGUCUUGAUGGACCCUACUUAAGCGGGACGAGCUGUUUGGACGGUUCGCCUGUUGUCCGGGAAUCAUUAUAUGGUGGUGGCUGGGUGGAGGGAUGGCGACGGUGAUAACGAUUCGUUCCUGGAGAGAACAAUCACGCGUCGAUUUUCCCAUCCGGGGAAUCCGCUGGGGAUGUAGAGCGUGCCGCUUUUUUUAGCUCAAGCGUAAGCGCGACGGCGUCUCGAUGGCCGGACCGUCGCGUUUUAGCCAUAAUCGACGUAUCGCGAGCGUUCUAGGGAGCGCCGCCCUUGUCUCCGUUCAGGUGGAAUUCGAUCGGUCGUUUCUUCCACGGAACGAGCGGGACGAAAAAGGAUGAGAAUGAGAGUGUGAAAGGGAAAGAGAGCGAAUGCGAGAUCGACGGGUGUCCAACCAGGCUGCCACGUUGUCCAACCCGGCGUCUCUUAGGAUACAUCUGUAUUGAUGUGUGCGUGAAUUCGUACCACCGCGACGCGGAUUCUGUAUAAUAGAACUGUAGCGAACCUCUCGUUUAAGCUAAGUCGACGACGAAUACGACGACGACGACGACGACGACGACGACGACGACGACGACGACGACGACGUGCCCGUCGUGGCCGGGCGUUUGGAAUUGGUGAACUGAAGUGCGCGGGUAAAAACCGGAUCGUGACGAGAUCCUGAUAGGAUGGGAGCUUUGCGAAGUCCGAAGCGACACGAUGAUCGGAGAUUUCGAAAAGAUUUAUUCUGGAUUGAAGCGCGAUGUUCUUGCGGAUUUCAUACGAGCGCGAAUGAACCAAAGUUUUUGUUAUAUCUUGAUGUUAAAGGCAGCUCGUGGAAAUUUUUGCACAAUAUUUGUCGUAUAUAAUUAUCCAUUUUUAUAUUAAUUGUUUUAAUUUACGAUGCUAUAAAAAUAAUAACUAUAUAUUUGCUAUAACAGUGUUGAAUAUACAUUUCAGCAUUUAAAAUAUUUCGAGAAAUUUCCAUUAAUUUUAUUAGAAAUU